AUGCCUAGAUCCGUUCCUUGGAUGGCGCCUAACGGUGGGAAGCAAAGUGCGGCGUCCGAUGCUUCGAAGCGCAAACGUUCAAGUGAUGUGAUUGACCUCACCGGCGACUCCGCCGAGACGCGUCCACCCAAAACGCCGCGCUCUUCGGCAGGCACACCUUCUCAAUCGCGAUCGCGAAGCUCUGCCGGACCAAGUUCUUCUGCUGCUGGAGGAAGAUCAUUUGCCCGCACUCCUUCAUGGACUCAACCAAGUCCUUCAUCGCAAAGAAGUCGCACAGCCUACGUCCCACCAUGGACUCCAUCUCAACAGCACAGCCAGGCUGAACGCGACGCCUGGCUUCAGGAAGAAGACAGUGGCAUUUUUGAAAAUGUCGCAUCUUCACAGAACCCUCCUGUAGCCUAUGAUCAGUACCAGAAGUAUGGCUCUUUGGACACCAAAAUUGUCGGCGUGCGCUAUUACACUGGCUUUGCAACUAUCGGAGAGAGAAUUACCAUCAAGCGAGAACCGAGCAACCCUUAUGAUCCCAAUGCCAUUCGAAUUGACAACAUGAUCAAUGAACAAAUUGGUCAUAUCGGAAGAAACGUGGCAGCCAAGCUUGCAAAAUAUAUUGACAAAGGUUGGCUUCUUAUGGAAGGCUCGCUCGCUGGAGAGAUUGGCCAAUUCGACUGCCCCAUUGCUCUGAAUCUCUUCGGACCUCCUUUGAAUUCAGCCUUGAGCGAAGAAGUCCGCGAACGUAUGAUGAUGGAUAGAUUGCCCACUCAAGACAUUAGUAGGUAUGAGCGCGAUCAAAAGAAGAGGCAGCAGACCGCCGAGCGAAAGGUAGCUGCAAACUCCCAAUUCAAAGCUUCGCAGGGACCUGGGCUUGGUGACAGCACCCAGGAACAGACUAUGCAAGACAUCAUCAGUGGUAGUGAACGCUUCAAUCCGAGAGACGUCAGCAGAGCUGCAGAAGAGUAUGGUACCUCCGAGGAUGACCUCGCUGCUAUGGUCAAGGCUAAGCAACCUAUGCGCCUUGCUACAACCAUGCUCCCGUACCAGCUACAAGCAUUGGCCUGGAUGCUCGACAAGGAGAAUCCCAAGGCUCCUUCCAAGGGCUCCAAAGAUUUCGUACAGCUUUGGCGCAGACACGAGCGUUACCCCAACGCGUUUACGAAUAUUGCUACCAACUUCUCCAUCAAAGACAGAGAGCCGACUCUGGCAAGCGGAGGGAUCCUCGCUGACGAUAUGGGUCUUGGAAAAACAUUGGAGAUGAUCUCUUUGGUGGUAUCUGACCUUGAGGAUUGGACGCCAAGUCAGGAAGGCGAGCUGGGUGCUACGUUGAUUGUCUCGCCUCUGUCUGUGAUGUCGAACUGGAGCGACCAGAUUGCAAGACACGUUCGUAAAGAUCAGCCAUUGCGCGUGUACACCUACCAUGGAGCUGGAAAGAAGUCGAUGGGCCCUCAGGAUUUUUCUCAGUACGAUGUUGUCAUCACCACUUACCAGACUCUUGCAAGCGACUGGGCCACUGGAGGACAACCACCUAAACCAAAAGGCUUGUAUUCAGCACGCUGGCGACGUAUCAUUCUUGACGAAGGACACAAUAUUCGUAACCCAAGCAGCAAAGGUGCAAGUGCUGUCAACGCCGUGCUUGCACGCUCACGCUGGGCAUUGACUGGUACGCCUAUCAUCAAUUCGCUCAAGGAUCUUUACUCAUUGCUUCGCUUCAUCGGCAUUACUGGAGGCUUGGAGAAGCUAGAGGUCUUCAACAGUGUUCUUGAUCGCCCAGUCAGGGCCAACGAUCCGAGCGCACAAGCUCUGCUGCAGGCUAUCAUGUCGGCAUUCUGCUUGCGCCGCCGCAAAGAGAUGAAGUUUGUUGAUCUCAAGCUACCAGAACUGUCCGAGUUUGUACAUCGUAUCGACUUCGCAGACAAAGAAAGGGAAAGAUACAUGGCACUAUUUCAGGAAGCUCAAGGUACCCUGUCAUCCUACCGCAAGGUUGAGGGUCAGAAGGCUGUCGAGACGUAUCGGUACUUGCUGGAGAUCCUUCUUCGUCUGCGUCAAGUCUGCAACCACUGGCAGAUGUGCUCCGAGCGCGUGACCAAUCUGAUGGAACAAAUUCAGAAGCAGAAAGUCGUCGAACUGACUCCAGAAAACCUGAAGGCUCUACAAGACAUGCUCUCGUUAAGCAUUCAAUCACAGGAAGAAUGUGCCAUUUGUCUCGACGACUUACACACUCCUGUAAUCACACCUUGCGCUCAUGUGUUCGGCAGAGAAUGUAUUGAGCGUGUCAUCGAAACACAGAAAAAGUGUCCAAUGUGUCGUGCGGAACUCAAGGACAACUCGGUCCUCGUUCAGCCUGCCAAUGAUUUUGGCGAUGAGGUCAAGGAUGAGUCAAUCGAUUUUGAUGCUAGCAGCACCAAACUUGAAGCACUCAUCGAUAUUCUCAAGGCGUCCAAGGGUACAGGCAACAAGACUGUUGUCUUCUCCCAGUGGACCAAAUUCCUCGACAUCGUGCAGGCCAGACUCGACCGCGAAGGCUUCAAAUACUGCAGACUUGACGGUACCAUGUCCGCAAGACUUCGCGACCAAGCAUUGCAUGCUCUCGAGGAUGACCCAGAUUGUACAAUCAUGCUGGCGAGCUUGGGCGUAUGCAGUGUUGGUCUGAACCUUGUCGCUGCCAACCAAGUCAUUCUUUCGGACAGUUGGUGGGCUCCUGCUAUCGAAGACCAGGCUGUUGACCGCGUUCAUCGCCUAGGACAGACGAAGAAGACCAGCGUCUUCCGUCUCGUCAUGGAAGGCAGUAUCGAGGAACGUACGCUGGAUAUCCAAGCUGAAAAGCGUAAGCUCAUGAUGAUGGCUUUCCAAGAGAAAGACAACAAGAGAGGCAAGAGCAAGUCUUCAAGAUUGGGUGAUGUGGAGAAAUUGCUUAGAUGA